AAUGAUGAUCAUCAUCAUAUAGUAAUUACAAAUAUUUUUCUUCUUAUGAGUCAAAUGGAUGAUGAAAAAGGGCAACGUGGAUUUAUAAGAUGAAAGAAACCCACUUGAAAAUUAGUGUCUUAUUCUUACAGCUACAGAAUAUAUAAUAAUAAGAUUAUUUGAUACUUUGCUUCCCUCAUAAUGUGGCUUUUCCAAUGUUAGGUGUCUUCUAGAGUUCAAAAACACCCUCACUCACUCACUCACUCACUCAUUUCACUUUUUAUGUUUAAAUUCUAUGUCUUUUCUUCAAGAGUGUUCCAAUCUUAAGCUUGUGUUUUUUCAGAUCCAUGUCUUUACUCUUUAGUAGUGUCUUUACUUUACCAUGAUGUGUACUUGAAAAGAUUCAUAUAAAGUUAGUGUCUUGAGUCAUAUAAUUUUUAUACACACAAAGUGUUUGUUUAUUUGUCUCUGUGAAACUGUGAUCUAUAUCCAUUAUUAUCCAAUGGCUCCAAGAUUGGAUUUUUCAAGUUGGUGGGUGAAGGAUACACAGAAAGGAACACCAGUGGUGGUGAAAAUGGAGAACCCCAGUUUCUCAGUUGUUGAGAUUAAUGGUGCAGAUGCUGCAUUUAGACCAGUAGAGAAAAACCGUGGUAAAAAUGCUAAACAAGUAACAUGGGUUUUGCUUCUCAAAGCUCAUCGUGCUGUUGGUUGUGUUGCUUGGUUAGCUACUGUUCUUUGGGAUUUGCUUGGAGCUAUUAAGAAAAGGUUGAUUCAAAGACAAGGUGUGGCUGCUGAAAAAGGGAAAUUGUUGUUUAGAAUCAUUAGUUUGUUUUUAGUAAUUUCUUUGGCUGUUUUAGCUUUUGAGGUUGUUGCUUAUUUUCAAGGUUGGCAUUUUGGGAAUCCCAAUUUGCACAUUCCUCAUACUUCUGAUUUUGAAAGGUUGUUCCACAUGGCUUAUGUUGCUUGGUUGACGUUUCGUGCUGAGUACAUUGCUCCACCAAUUAAGGCUCUUUCGAAUUUUUGUAUUGUUUUGUUUCUUAUCCAAUCUGUGGACCGUAUGCUUCUUUGUUUCGGGUGCUUUUGGAUCAAAUUUAGGAAGGUUAAGCCAAGGAUUAAUGGAGACCCUUUCAAGGUUGAUGAUGUUGAACAGUCUGUAUGCAAUUAUCCAAUGGUUUUGGUUCAAAUUCCAAUGUGUAAUGAGAGAGAGGUGUAUGAGCAAUCUAUUUCUGCAGUCUGCCAAAUUGAUUGGCCGAGAGAUCGCUUACUGAUUCAAGUACUUGACGAUUCUGAUGAUGAGAGCAUACAGUGGUUAAUUAAGGCUGAGGUCUCUAAGUGGAACCAAAAGGGAAUCAACAUUAUCUAUCGGCAUCGCCUGAUCAGGACUGGAUAUAAAGCUGGAAAUCUUAAUUCUGCUAUGAGCUGCGACUAUGUGAAAGACUACGAAUUUGUUGCAAUAUUUGAUGCAGACUUUCAACCCAAUCCUGAUUUUCUUAAGCAAACUGUGCCACAUUUCAAGGACAAUCCCGAACUAGGUUUGGUCCAAGCUAGAUGGUCUUAUGUGAACAAGGAUGAGAAUUUGUUGACUCGCCUUCAAAACAUAAAUUUAUGCUUCCAUUUUGAAGUAGAACAGCAAGUCAAUGGAGUGUUCCUUAAUUUUUUUGGUUUCAAUGGAACUGCUGGUGUUUGGAGAAUCAAAGCACUAGAAGAGUCUGGGGGCUGGCUGGAAAGGACAACUGUAGAAGAUAUGGACAUUGCCGUCCGAGCUCAUCUCAAUGGUUGGAAAUUUAUCUUCCUAAAUGAUGUCAAGGUACUUUGUGAAGUUCCCGAGUCAUAUGAAGCUUAUAGGAAGCAGCAACACCGCUGGCAUUCAGGGCCUAUGCAACUUUUUAGGCUGUGUCUUCCAGCAAUUUUGAAAUCUAAGGUGUCACCAUGGAAAAAAGCAAACUUAAUUCUGCUAUUUUUCCUCCUAAGGAAAUUAAUCCUUCCCUUUUACUCCUUCACCUUGUUUUGCAUAAUCCUUCCUUUAACAAUGUUUGUUCCAGAGGCAGAACUUCCUUUGUGGUUGAUCUGCUAUGUUCCUGUAUUCAUGUCAAUCCUUAACAUUCUUCCUGCACCUAAGUCUUUUCCUUUCAUUGUUCCCUACCUCCUUUUUGAAAACACCAUGUCUGUGACUAAAUUCAAUGCAAUGGUAUCUGGACUCUUCCAAUUGGGAAGCUCUUAUGAAUGGAUUGUCACAAAGAAAGCUGGAAGAUCAUCAGAAUCUGAUUUACUUGCUGCUGCAGAAAGAGAAACCAAGUCAAUUGAACAACAAAAGAUCCAUAGAGGAGCUUCGGAGAGUGAACUUGUUGAGCUACAACAAUUGAAGGAACACAAAGCAGAAGCUACAACACCUGUUAAGAAAGCUAAUAAGAUAUAUAAGAAAGAACUAACUUUGGCAUUCCUUCUUCUCACAGCUUCUGUCAGAAGUCUAUUAUCUGCACAAGGAGUUCACUUCUACUUUCUGCUUUUUCAGGGAGUGACAUUCCUCCUUGUAGGCCUUGAUUUGAUUGGAGAGCAGAUGAGCUAGUUAAUUUUCAUUCAGAGUAGACAAAUGGGAAACACCACAUCCUCCGUCGAUUUAUCAUCUAAGUUGCAGACUCUAUGUAGUACUGACACUUCACAUGGAAGGCGUCUGACACGAGUCAAUGUCCAACACCAACACGACACCAACACAUGUGGUUACAUUCAAUUAUUUUAUUUUCAAAACUUAUUAUCUGUGUCGACAUUUCAGUAUAAGUGUCGUGUUUGGUUCUGUGUUUCACUGAGCAACAAAAUUUGGUCCCCUUUUUUGCUUUCUGAAUCUCUCAGUACAGGUCUAGUAAACAUAUUUGAUUUGAAGUACCGAGCCAAGGCUUCUUUGUUAUUCAACUCUAUCCAUUUUUCAUUCAUUCACACGAUUCGUCACAUAAGUAUUCCAUAUAGGACACUGGUCUCAUUGUACUCUUACAGAUAUUGAAUUCUUGUUAAUCUAUUACAAUUAGGUGUAUAAAAUCUUCAGUUUUCUUCAUUUUGUUCUUUGAUUGUAUUUGGGAUUCAAUUUCUGAUUGUAUUAUUCUGUUUUACCAUUCCAAAUGUUUAAGCAAAGUGCGUCUCUCUGUACAUUAAUUAGUAUCUGAUAUAAACAAUAACUUCUAUUCCUUCA